AUGCGCUUGUCACUGACACUUAUGAUUUUUGUUAACUACGGUGGAGGUGGCUACUGGUUCUUUGAACAUGCUCCAUGGAAUGGUCUUACAAUUGCUGACCUGGUCAUGCCAUGGUUCGUUUUCAUCCUUGGCACUUCAGUGGGUCUUGCAUUUCAUGUUAUGCAAAGGAAAGGAGUGAAGAAGUUCAAGCUCUUCCGUAAGGUAGCCUGGAGAACUGGUGUCUUAAUCGCCAUUGGAGCCCUAUUUCUUAACUAUGGACCAGUAGAUGGACCCUUGUCCUGGAGUUGGGCAAGGCUCCCAGGAGUCCUUCAGAGGCUUGGCUUCACCUAUUUUAUUGUGGCCCUGAUGCAGAUUGCCUUUGGGGUGGCAGAUAUGCAGAAGUACCAGGUUGGUGUCUGGUGGGCUCCAUUCAGAGAUAUUGUCCUUUACUGGCAGGAGUGGAUCAUCAUCAUUGGUUUGGAAUGCAUCUGGUUGUGUCUCACCUUUCUACUCCCUGUUCCUGGCUGUCCCAGAGGCUACCUGGGCCCUGGUGGGAUAGGAGAUGAAGGUAAAUACUUCAACUGCACAGGUGGAGCAGCAGCAUAUAUUGACAAGUGGAUUCUGGGAGAAAAUCAUCUAUAUCGUUUUCCAUCUUGCAAGGAACUCUACAAGACGACACAGCCCUUUGAUCCUGAGGGCAUCCUGGGGACAAUUAACUCCAUCAUAAUGGCUUUCUUUGGGCUUCAGGCUGGAAAGAUCAUCCUAAUGUACCGUUCUAAGCCUCGGAGUAUCCUGAAGAGAUUUCUCAUCUGGUCCGUCUUGCUGGGGAUUAUCUCAGCCAUCCUAACUCUGGGCACACAGAAUGAAGGAUUUAUUCCAGUCAAUAAAAACCUCUGGUCUCUGUCCUUUGUCACAACCACCAGCUGUUUCUCCUUUUUCCUGCUGGGUCUGCUGUAUUAUAUCAUUGAUAUGAAGGGUUGGUGGAGUGGCUGCCCUCUUAUUUACCCAGGAAUGAACUCCAUAUUGGUUUAUGUUGGACACUCUCUUCUGGGCAGCUACUUCCCUUUCAGCUGGGAGAUGAAGUCACCUACUUCACACGCUGAGCCUCUGGUCCAGGACUUGCUAGGCACAGCAAUCUGGGUCUUCAUUGCCUUCCUGCUAUUUAGAAAGAAUAUCUUCCUUAAGAUCUGACGCCUGAGAGCCAACCCUGAGGUUAUAGGAUUUUGUUGGUGAACAUCAUUUGACUGGUUUUGAGGCCUUGGGGAAGGUGAUUUUGGAAAGGACAAGUAGGAAUUUGGUUGAGCUUUUGGCUCAUACCCCAAGUGCCUUAAAUCCAUUUGCAUUAUCUGUGCAGAAAAGAACUGUCAUUUAUACAUGGCUCAUUCCAGGAAAAACGUCUCAAGGCAUGGAGCCAGUCUGAUCUCUGCUCCCACUUUAGAAAUGAAUAGAGGGCUUCAGCACAAAGAGGACUUAGUUCUGGCAUGAUUGAUCCUAUUGGAGUUGCCCAUUUGGGAUAUGGGACAAUAUUGUCUUUUUAUCAGAUCCCUCCUUCCUCCAUACCCCAUUCCCUUCAGCAACAAAUUACCCCAAAGAGUCCCCAACAACAUGCUCUCCAAAGCAAAACCAAGAAAUUCUAGACACUUAUCCCAAAAAGUAUCUUAGAUCCUACUCAGAUAUUAGGUGAAUCAUUUCUGGUUUUAUGAACAAAACUAAAAACUUCUGCUAAGGGUUAUAGGUAAAAGAUCAGAGAUACAGAAUUGAUAUGGACUCCAUGUAAUCCAACCCCAUUUUCUUCAAUUGUGCAGACUGAAGCUCAGAAUCUACAAAAUCUUGUAGAUAGUAAAUGACAGAUCCAGGUUUCAAACCUAGUGACCCAAAUCCAAUACUCCUUCUGCAAUGCUACAGGUUUCUAUAUCUGAGCCUUUCUUCUCCUCUAUAUCCCACUCAAGGCAAGUAGAAUCACAGCUACUCCCCCCACCACAACCCUGUGUCAUUUUCAUGGAGAUACUGAAUCCAAGAGAGCAAAAUAUUUUCUUUGAUAUUUUGGCCAUAAUUUUAGUCCUUCCAGAGGACUAAAACAGCAGUCCUAUUGCUGUUGGUAUUUAGGACCCUAUCAAGGACUCUCCCAUGAUUCUCAUCACCAAGAUCAACCAGUUUGUUAAUGGAACUUCUCAUUUGAUAUAGAUACCUUGGGCCCCAAGCCUGUUUAGCCUUCUUUGCCACAACAUCAAAGGAUUUUACUUGGGGAGGCAGCAUCAUGUGGUAGAAAGAGCCUUAAAGUCUUAAAGUCAGGAGACCAUUUCUGGCUCAACCUCAGAUCAGCUGGGUGCCUUUGAGUAAAUUGUACAAAAGAACCCAAGAGUUGGGAAAGGCCUUAGAAGGCAUGGAGACCAAUCUGAAUAAAAAUUCCCACUACAACAUGGCCAACAAAUAGUCAUUCACAUUUCACCUAAAGACCCCUAUGUGGAGCACAAAUGGAAUGGACCCAUUACUUCCCAAUCCAACCCCUUCCACUUGAAUGCUAAGAAGCAUUUUCUUAUCUCAAGUUGAAAUCAGCUUCUCUGCAACUCUCCUUCACCCCCUUCCUCCCCCACCAUUGCUCAAGGUCUUUGCUUUAGGGCUAAGUAGAACCAGUCUAAGCUUCUACAUGAGUACCCAAAUACUUGAAUGUAGAUGAGACCUCAUUCUCUACUCCACCCCAUCUUUCCUUCUCCAGACUCAACAUAACCAGUUCCUCCACCAGAUCCUUGUUAAGUCACUUAACCUUUCUCCAUUUUAUUAUUCUCCUCUAUCAAAAAAGAGUUUGACCACAUGAUCUCUAAAGUUCCUUAUAGCUCUCACAUUCUAUAAGUCCAAUCUGGUCUCAACCAGUCCUAAGAGAAAAUAUCAGUCAAAGGCAGAGGGAAUGCAGAGGCUGAAGGAUCAGUCCAAAUCCUCAGCAGGAUGUUCAAGAUGAAGGUUCUAAGGCACUGGCCUGAGCUCAUCCCCAAUUCCCUAUUCAAUGUCUUCUAGGCAUCGACUGGUUGUCACUUCUGAUGUCUGAAUAGCUCUUAUUGCUUAGUUCUUACAAUUUUCCUGUGGGCCUGAGUGGAUGAAGGGCUAUCUCAGGUUUGAAAUCCACUCCAGCUAAUCAUUCACAGGAAGGAGAAUGGAACUGUUAAUAAAAUUCCUAAGGCAUUUUUGCUUCCUGCAGAAAUGGAGAUUUCUUUUUAUUAUUAUUAUGACUAAUUGUGUCAGCAGUCAGUCUCUGCAUGAACUCAGUGCCAAUUAAUAUGUGCAUUCCCCUAGUGAUUUACUAGGCUGUACAUAUUUGAAGUGGAGAGUUGGGGGGGUGGGGAGGAAGUGUUAGAUAUUUAUUUAUCCAGGCAUAUAAAUAUAUUUCACUAAUCUCCAUCCAAGCUGAAAGCUGACUCUUGGGGUCCCUUCAUGUGAGUAAAAGUGAUUAAUUUCAUCAUGUCUGGACCAGAGAUGCCUUGUGUUAUUUAAUUAAGGCUUAAGAGAAAUAUGAAUUGUAGUUCUUGAAGUUGAUGCCUUUGUUGCCUAUUGAGCCAAAUAAAGCCCUCUUUUCCUGAGACCCACCAGCAACUAUGAUAUUAGAAUUCACACUGAGGCUAUAAGAAACUGGGACCACACUUCAAGAAAAAAUACCCAAUAAUUCCCUCUUUGUAAAAUUAGAAAUGAGUUUACCAAAUGCCCUCAGACUAGUAGCAACUGAAGAAAUCAAUUUAGCAAGAACAUGCAUACCCAGCUCACCAGUGAGUUGCUCUGGAAUAGAAACAGAUCAUUGUAUCCUACGGAAGAUGAAUAUCGACUAGGAAAUAAAUAUCAAGAAGAUAUUCCAAGAAUCCUAUUGGUUAGAUCUUAGUCUAAUGAGAAGUGGGUGCAGUUAUCCUUCAUGCUUCACAGUACCCUUCUCCCUUCACUAAAAGGGAACACCAACCACAGUUAGCUAGAGAGAAGGAUCCCUAUGACCCCUUCUUUGACUAAAUUAGCAGGGUUUCUCAGAACAAAUCUUCGAAGGGAAUGGGUUUUCCCCAUCUUUUAGCAUUCUCUCCAACUGGAAAGUAUUUCUGUUUGUGAAAAAGUGAACCAAAUCUUCAAAGGAAAGUGCUAUAAGAUCUGAUGUUACUCAGACUCCAUCACAGGAUGGGCCAGAAGAGAGUGAGUCCAUAAGCUUUGGACAAACAUCCUGCUUUUUCAGCAGGUUAAUCGGAUUUUUUAAUAAAAGACCAUGGAAAUGUCAGGGAGUCUGAGCAAACAGAGCCGAUCUGGAGCUGCAAAUUUCAGCUGAGGAAGAGCAACCUGAGAAAAAAAUAAAUAAAAAGUAAGAAG